GAAGAACUGAAAGUCCAUUCAUGUGAAUUAUUUUAUCAUACAUCCUUCCUGUGUGAUUCAACAUUCUUCACAACCCAAAAGAAAGAGCAGAGACUGGUUCGGGAUGUUCGACGGUUAUGAUAGCUGCAGUGAGGACACAAGUAGCAGCUCCAGCUCUGAGGAGAGUGAGGAGGAAGUUGCUCCUUUACCUUCUAGUCUCCCAAUUAUCAAAAACAAUGGACAAGUCUACACAUACCCAGAUGGUAAAUCAGGAAUGGCUACCUGUGAGAUGUGUGGGAUGGUUGGCGUGCGAGAUGCUUUUUACUCUAAAACAAAGCGUUUCUGUAGCGUUUCAUGUUCAAGAAGCUAUUCGUCAAAUUCCAAGAAGGCAAGCAUUUUGGCCAGACUUCAGGGUAAGCCUCCAACAAAGAAAGCAAAAGUUCUUCAGAAACAACCUUUAGUUGCUAAACUUGCCGCAUAUGCUCAGUAUCAAGCUACCUUGCAAAAUCAAGCAAAGACAAAAGCAGCAGUCUCCAUGGAAGGUUUCAGCUGGGGUAACUACAUAAAUAGCAAUAGCUUUAUAGCAGCUCCAGUCACCUGUUUUAAACAUGCACCUAUGGGGACCUGCUGGGGUGAUAUCUCAGAAAAUGUGAGAGUAGAAGUUCCCAAUACAGACUGCAGCCUACCUACCAAAGUCUUCUGGAUUGCUGGAAUUGUAAAAUUAGCAGGUUACAAUGCCCUUUUAAGAUAUGAAGGAUUUGAAAAUGACUCUGGGCUGGACUUCUGGUGCAAUAUAUGUGGUUCUGAUAUCCAUCCAGUUGGUUGGUGUGCAGCCAGUGGAAAACCUCUUGUUCCUCCUAGAACUAUUCAGCAUAAGUAUACAAACUGGAAAGCUUUUCUAGUGAAACGACUUACUGGUGCCAAAACACUUCCUCCUGAUUUCUCACAAAAGGUUUCAGAGAGUAUGCAGUAUCCUUUCAAACCUUGCAUGAGGGUAGAAGUGGUUGACAAGAGGCAUUUGUGUCGAACACGAGUGGCAGUCGUGGAAAGUGUAAUUGGAGGAAGAUUAAGACUAGUGUAUGAAGAGAGUGAAGAUAGAACAGAUGACUUCUGGUGCCAUAUGCACAGCCCAUUAAUCCAUCACAUUGGUUGGUCUCGAAGUAUAGGCCAUCGAUUCAAAAGAUCUGAUAUUACAAAGAAACAGGAUGGACAUUUUGAUACACCACCACAUUUAUUUGCUAAGGUAAAAGAAGUAGACCAGAGUGGGGAAUGGUUCAAGGAAGGAAUGAAAUUGGAAGCUAUAGACCCAUUAAAUCUUUCUACAAUAUGUGUCGCAACCAUUAGAAAGGUGCUGGCUGACGGAUUCCUGAUGAUUGGGAUCGAUGGCUCAGAAGCAGCAGAUGGAUCUGACUGGUUCUGUUAUCAUGCAACCUCUCCUUCUAUUUUCCCUGUCGGUUUCUGUGAAAUUAACAUGAUUGAACUUACUCCACCCAGAGGUUACACAAAACUUCCUUUUAAAUGGUUUGACUACCUCAGGGAAACUGGCUCCAUUGCAGCACCAGUAAAACUAUUUAAUAAGGAUGUUCCAAAUCACGGAUUUCGUGUAGGAAUGAAAUUAGAAGCAGUAGAUCUCAUGGAGCCACGUUUAAUAUGUGUAGCCACAGUAACUCGAAUUAUUCAUCGUCUCUUGAGGAUACAUUUUGAUGGAUGGGAAGAAGAAUAUGAUCAAUGGGUAGACUGUGAGUCCCCUGACCUCUAUCCUGUAGGGUGGUGUCAAUUAACUGGAUAUCAACUACAGCCUCCAGCAUCACAGUCAUCAAGAGAAAGCCAAUCAGCAUCAUCAAAACAGAAGAAAAAGGCUAAGUCCCAGCAAUACAAAGGACAUAAGAAAAUGACUACGUUGCAGCUGAAGGAGGAGUUGCUGGAUGGAGAGGACUAUAAUUUCCUCCAAGGAGCAUCUGAUCAGGAAAGCAAUGGCUCUGCCAACUUCUACAUCAAACAAGAGCCAUGAAUUGGCUCAGAAACUGAGGGUGGGGGAAGGAUUUUACACAGGACUGAUUUAUAAUCAAUCCAGCUGUACAGUGGGGCUAUUCUACUGGGACAUUUUGCUAAACAUAGAAAAUUUCAGUUCCAGAUUUUUCAGGUGGGUGGGGAAACUAUUUUAGUCGGGG